AUGGGCGGUCGCAAAGGGGGGAGGCAGCGUAACGGCAGGCCUAUAGACCCUGUUGCACCUGGCAUCAAUGCUCGUCCUCAGCAAAGGCAUGCAACGACAAAUGUUAACCGCAGCGGCGUUCCUUCCGAGCAUCGAUGUCCACUUUCUUCGCUCUACGCUUCUUUUACCGACCCCAAUUCCGACACUGGAGCUACAAAGCCUAAGGUUGUCUAUGAAAAGCUUUCAAUGCCCGGUUCAUCGAUGAGCUUGAUUGUCCGCAAACUGGGACGACGGAUGGACCUUGAUUUUGCUUUGGUCGAAGGAACAAAUGAUCUUCAGGCUGAAUCGAUGUUCGAGUCCGUGGUCAAGAUACGCGUCAUGCUACCUGACGAUCGAUACACGAUUUCAUUCCGCGUCUAUCAACCCAGACUCACGAUGGAGAUUCUCAGAUACUCUCGUUACCGGUUUCGUUUCGAUCACUACACAAGAUAUGCCUAUCGAGACGGCAAACCAGUCUGGAACAUGAUAUUGACAUAUCUCAGAGCGUCCGACUCCACCGAGGUUGCAUUCGCAAACGUUCCACGUCCAGUGUUGACGACGGCUACGAUGACUCUUUCACAGCAAGUCAUGGCGAACACAGAAGAGGCUGAAGGUGGGAAUAACUCUCAAGACGAUAAUCAAGAGAAUCAGGAUGCGAGGAUACCGCCUACACGGUUACGGAAAUCAACGAUAUGGGAAAGAGCUCAAAAGCCCAGACCUGACGAGGAAGACGACGAUACUAUUGUGGUGGGACAGCAACCUGUCGAGCAAACUCUCAUCGAUGAACAGAUCAGAUACAUGACCGAAGGGGCGCAACAGUUUCAACUGGACGAACUUCAAUACCUUGAGUUACCAGUUGCGGCAAAGGUGUCGAAGCACCCAUGGGCGUUGAUAGGGCACUGGCAAGAUCCCGAGGUGUUAAAGCUGAUUCGAGAUUUCAUGGGUGAUCGCGAGGUGUCGGAAUUCGAUGAAGAUUUGCCAGGAGAGUCUGACGAUGAAGCUCGAAUCGAGGAUCUGGAUGUUUGA